AGCAUGGCUACACCGUUAUGACGAAAACCUGUGUGGUCAAAUCUAUAUAUAUAUAAUAUUAAGUACUGAUACUCAUUAACAAAAAUAGUAUGAUUUCAUUUGAAGAGGUGGACGAUAUAUCUAGAAAAAAUGGGACAGCAAAUAUCAAAGUUAUAUACACUAGUUUCAGGAUUAUCACGUUCAGUGGCAGCGAAUAUUGUGAUGCUGGGUUUGGAUGCAUCAGGAAAAACAACUAUACUGUACAAGAUCAAACUAAAUGAAACCGUUAAAACAAUACCUACUGUAGGAUUUAAUGUAGAAACAGUGGGGCCAAUCAAAGGUAUCAGCUUAACAGUAUGGGACAUUGGUGGUCAAGAAAAAAUCAGACGGUUAUGGCAGCACUACUUGAAAAAUACAGACGGACUUAUUUACGUUGUUGACAGUAAUGACAAAGACCGAUUAUGCGAAGCCAGAGAAGAACUUUAUAGUAUAUUGAAUAGUGCGAAUAUGAGAAAUGUGCCAGUGGUUGUUAUAGCAAACAAACAAGAUAUGCCUGAUGCCUUGGAUCCAUCGACAGUUGCAGGUUAUUUAAAUUUAGAUAGAAUAAAAAAAAGAAAAUGGAAAAUCCAAGGAGCCUGUGCAAAAACAGGGUCUGGUUUAUUUGAAAGCAUGAAAGCAAUGAGCGAGUUAAUAAAAAGUUACAAUAAUGAGUGCGUAUUAGAAGAAAACACAAAUCAGUGUAAAUGAACAAUCCCCGCAUGUAAUGGUCGACACAGAGACCAUAGAUUAACAAAUGUUCUUGCUGAAUAAAAGACAUGUGAGUAUGAAUGAACAGUCCGAAUGUAAUGACCAGCAUAACGACGGUGAUUACACCGAAUCUUUCUUAAUGAAAAGACAGAUCAAUAUAAAUGAACUGUGCAGACGUAUUGAAAAUCAUAACAAAGAUGAUUUUAACGGUAGUUCUAAUUGAAAAAAACCCAGAUCUGUCACAAAAUGAACAGUCCCUAUGUAGUGGUCAGCGUAAAACUAAUGAAUCAACGAAUGUUCUAACUGAAAAAAAACCCGGACUGUAUAUGUAUAUUAUAGAAUAACGAUGCACAGAAUAUGUAUUAUACACAAACAAAGGGUAAAAGCUAUUGCAAAAAAAAACUAAAAAAAAACCCAAUAAUA